CCCUCCCUGAGGGAAGCACAGGGAGUUGGUCAUUCUCUUUUACUUGCAUCUCAAUACUGGAGUCCUUGCCAGGUAGGACAACUGCUAAAAUCCCGACACAAACUUUUUGCCCCUUAUUCUUGGGGCUUUGUGUCAGUGCCUAUAGAUUCAAAGGACUGAAACACCACAGAUGCUCACCAACCAUUGCCCAAGUAAGGGAAGAAGGACUAUGACAUAUAAAUCUACUUUAAAACCAAGAAAGAUUUACUUUCUUUGAUCAUCUUUGGAAACAUUUGUCUUUUCCAUGAGUUGCUAACUGCAGAGUUAGCGUAAAAUGUAUUGUCUUGUCUAAAGUACUUUUUUUCAUCUCAUUUGUGUGCUGAUUCAUCUUGGAUAGCAUUAAUAAAGUAACAAUAUGAAAAUUCCUUACAUUGACUUCUCAAGGCAAACUUGCUUGUGUUUUCUAGCUUAAGUCACUUUCCCAUAUUUCGCUGAAAUGAAGCCUAUCUUAAGACAGGCUUUUUUUCACUUGGAAGAGUCGGAAAGGCUUUUUAUAUGAUUUUAACUUGUUCUUUUCCUGAGCAUUAUAUCUAAGAAAAUUUCCCUUGUGUGUUUUAUUGGGAAUCCUAACUAUUGCUUUAUUGUACAGAACAGGUUUGCUAGGAGUUGGCACCAUUAGCAUCUGUUUGCAUAUCUGAGCCGAGUCUCAGUUAAGAGUUGUUACUGAAAAUCAGCAGUCAUCCUUAUUAUUUGUUUUUACUGUUUUAAAUAUAUACCAUUGGAGUACUGACUCCAUUAAGAGAUGCUUUAGAAUCCAUAGAAAUAUACAGAAGCCUUUCCACAUACUUGAAUGGAUUUUAGAUGUACAGCCUGAGGAAGAGUGAUAGAUGUUCAAUGCUAGAAAUCUUUGAACACUAAAUUCCAGUCUUACUCUUCCUAGAGCCGUUUCUGCUAUUCUGAAUUAUUAAUUUCUGAGCUGGUCUGACGUUACAGUGCUGGAGACUAUAAAAUAUGUAGUAACAGAAACUGUUGUUCAAGUUUAUGCAUUUGAAUCUCAAAUUCAGAAGGGAAAUCUGAUUUUCAAGCCUAGGCCAAUGUUAUGGUACACUGCUUAUUACCGAGCCUUACAUACAUUUUCAAAAAAGAAAUGUCAAAAACUAUUUGAAAUUUUCUGGAUUUGUCCCCUUACGCUGGGGCAUGGUACAUUGUGUUCCAAAUGAAAUUUGAAACUAUAGAUCAUCUCAGAACUAGAGUCCACAAGGUGCAGUUAAGAAAAGUGUGUGUUUGCAUUUGAGUUGUUUGAGUUGUUAGUGUGAAAGUUGUACCACUUUUCUCUCUUUUGUCUUAAUGCACCUAUCUAAUUUGAAGUUGUGAACCAUUUCAACUUGGUUAGCUUGGUUUAACUGAAAGAGUUCAGAUAUUUAGUCUGCGUUUUUGAAAGAGUUGUUUGCUAUUAUUAAAUUAAUUGGGUAAUUACUCUGAAAGACCCAUUGUUUAACCCCAGUAGCUAGAUAGAUCUAUUGUGCUGCAAGCAGACUAACCGGUAACUGCUGUGACUUCUUUCAGUAUUGGUACUUUGAAACUGAGUAUCUUGAUAGUUUUCUCUCCCCUUUCAGCUUAAAUUAAUGAUUAGUCUCCUUCUCCAGCAAAGCUACUGCAAAUAUAUACAUGAAAAAACAUAGCACUAGCAAAUUGCAGAUUUGCCUAAAAAACAGCCACUUUCAUUUCUCUUUUUAGCAUUGGGGAUUUAAUCUGGAGCAAAAAGAUGAGAGAUCCCCAGGAACUGUUGUAGCAAAGGUGUAUGAUGCUGUCAUAUCUGUGGAUGGCUAUUAAUGUGACACACAAAUUCAUAUGAUGUAUGUGAGGUGAGUCUGGAAGGUACACACUUGUAUAUUACAACACAUUCAGAACAGUUCUUGACUGAGCAGAUAAUUAUUAUGACUUUAAGCCAAAUAUUCAAGGGCUGUGCUCUACUAAAAAUGGCACAUCUCCUGAAUGCAGUGUAGAUACUGGCUUUUUCAGGCAUAGGAGACUGGUGCUUCUUGGAUAUGUAGAUAUGUAUCUGUACUUGUAUAGGGUACUCUGGACCUGUAGAUAACAACUGUUCUGCCAUUACUGCAGUGAAGAAUUAAAUAUGCUGGACAGUAAGCGUCGGGUGGACGGUACUGUAUGAAGAAAAUUCUGAAAAUGCUUUACUUAAAAAAAAAAGUAUUACUUUUGGCAGUUAUGCUAUUCAAAUGAGUAUAAUAGACUGUGGAACGUGUCUGCACUGUGAUUGCAUCUCGGUGGUAACUUGGUCAUUGGAAACGCUGAAACAAGAACUAGAAUGGAGUUCUUUUACACUCAAAGCAUUUGCUGUUUUCAUUUUUACAAACACUGGUUUAUACAUAAUCUGAAUUGAAUGUGAAUGUUUUUUAAACACCUUUCUGGUUCUUAAUAAGAUACAUUUUUGAUAGAUUACUGCAAAAUUUCCUGUAUUUGUUUAAUUAUUAAAAUAAAAAUUGCAUGGAUCCUGACUUAUCUUGUAUUUUAAAGCCAUCAUUUAAUGCUGCUAGAGGCCUAAACACGGUAGCUAUUUAAUGUGUAAGAUUCUUGGUUUAGUAUACAUAUGUAGCUUAUUUCCCAGUAGAAUAGCUUCUUAAAACUGAUUUCUGUAGAAAUACUUUGUUCUAAAUGGUAUCUUUCAAGUUAAACAGUUGGUCAAAACCUGUUGCCAGAACACCUGCAAAUUAUAUCUAAGGCACUAUAAAAGCUACUGAGGUUAUAUCCAAACACUACCUGUCACAAUGAAGUUCAAUGUUACCUAGGAAAAAAUAUGUGGGUUGUUCACAUAAAAAGCUUCAUGAACUGUAUUGUCAUUUUGGUUCUGACGUCAUGUAGAUGUGAUAGGAAAAGGUCCCUUAGCUUAGAAGCGUUUUUUGUUUUGUUUUGGAGAAGUCAUCACUACAAAGUUAUAUUUGUCCUAGUGUACUGACUGCUGAUGAAGAUGUUUCUUUAGAGGAUUACCUUGUCUCUGCAUGGAAGGUUGGUAUGGAAGACCAUAAGACGAAUCCAUUCUGACAUACAGAAAAUAAAGCACAGGCAUUAGGAGGCCUGCAUGGAAAAGCAACUCAUAACUGAACUUGGACAUAAAAAAGAUGUGUAUAGGAGGUGAAAGCAGAGACAGAUGACCCAGGAGGAGAACAGAAUUGCUGUCCGAUCACACAGGAAUAGGAUUAAGAAAACCAAGGCAAAUUGAGCUGAAUAUGGGAAGAAGUGGAAAGGGCAACAAGAAAGGAUUCUCCAACUGUUUAACAGCGAAGGGGAGACUUGAAAAAGAGAGAUGCACACCAGGAUGAAUGAGGCUGGUGAAUUUGUGACAAAUUAUGUGGAGAUAGCCACGUUGGUGCCUUAUUUGCCUCAGUCUUUAUUAUUAAGACUGGCCUUAAAGAAUCCCAUGCCACUGAGACCAGAGGGGUUACUUGGAAUAAGGUGAUAGAGGAGGACCAGAUUACUGAAGACUGGACAGGUUGCACACAUGAAUGCUGAGGCAGCUGGCUAAUGUCAGUGCAAGAUCAUUCUCAGUUGUCUUUGAAUUGUCAUGACUGCUGGAGAUGGUUCCUGAAGACUGGAAGACAGCAAAUAUCUCUCAUAUCUUCAACAAGAGCAAGAAGGAAUACUUAGAGAGCUACAGGCCAGUCAUCCUCCCUUCAGUCCCUGGAAAGGUGAUUGAGAAAUCAUGCUGGAAAGCAUUUCCAAGCACAUGAAGGGCAAGAAGUUGAUUGGGAGUACUUAGCUUGGACUUCAAAGGGCAAAUAAUGCUUGCGCAAUGCCUUCGACAGUGAGGUAACUAGCUUGUUGGGUGAUUGGAGAGUGGUUCGUACAGUUAACUUUGACUUUUUUUUUGACAGCUUUUGAUGCUGUUUCCCAUAGCAUCAUCAUCAGAGAGAGUAUGGUUUAGAGAAAUGGAUAGUGAGAUGGACUGAAAAUUGACAGAAAAUCCAGCUCCAGGAGGGAUGUGAUCAGCAGCAGAAAGUCCAGUUGAAAAGAAGUCACUGGGUGUGUACCUCAGGGCUCAAUAUUAGGCUCAGUACUGAUAAAUACCUUUUUUGUUGGUCUGGACAAUGGAAUGGAGUACACCCUCAGCACGUUUGCAGAUGAUACAAAACUGGGAGGAGUGGCUGGUUGAAGAGAUGACUGCCAUUUAGGGAGCCCUCAACAACCUGAAGAGAUGGACGGAAAGGGAUGACACAGAGUUCAAGGGGAAAUGGAAGGACCUGUAUCUGAGCAGGAGUAACCCCAGGCAUCCGUACCUGCUAGGGCAUGACCAGCUGGAAAACAGCGUGGAGGGAGGGACCUCAUGAACUAACAAUGCACCCAUACUGCAAGGGAGGCUAAUGGAAUUCUGGGGGUGGCACUGUGAGGGCGUGUCAACAGGUCAAUGGAGUUGAAUUUUCCUGUCUUCACAGUACUGGUUAGGCCAAAUCUAGUGUAGCGUGUCCAGUCCUGAGCUCUUAAGUAUAAGGAGGACUUAAUGGAGGAAAUCCAACGCAAGGCCAUUGAAGUGGUUAAGAGAACUGAAUAUCUAUAAUAUAGAGAGAGUUUGAGUGCUGGAACUGUUUAGUCUGGAGAAGAGAAGGCUCAAGAAGAUCUGAUUGGUAUAUACAAACUCCUGAUGGGAGGGAACGAAGACAAGAGAGCCAUACUUUUCUCAAUAGCACUCACAGACAAGAUACAAUAGUUACAAAUAAAAAACCAGGGAAUUCAAUCUUAGCGUGAGAAAAUACUUUUUUUACUGGGUGUGUGAACAAACGCUGGAACAGAUAACCUGUUGCUGUUGUGGAAUCUCUGUGGAGAUGCUCAAAACCUAAACGAGUCUGUCAUUCUGCAUGAAUGUAAAAUUUCCAUUGUGUGAUAACAGGAACAAAACAAAUAACUGUGAUUAAUCUGUCAUGAAUGCAACUAUUACAUCAUAAAUAUAAAAAGGAAGCUUGAGAUUGAAAAAAUUGUGUGAAGAAAAGUAUUCAGUAAAAAUCUGCACUUUGUAGGUUGUUUCCUCACGAAACAGAGUGAGCACUCAAAAUGGAACAAUUUGCUGCUGUAGCUGUCUUUAUUGAGUGCAUUGUUUUAGCAAACAGAUAAACCCUAAAUUGAAGUUUAAAAAAAUUCAUUAUAUUUAAGAGGCUUCUUCCUUUAGUUACUGUAAAUUCUAGAAGCAUGGGGCUUGAAGGGGGCAGCUGCAGUUGAUAGCAGUGCCAAAACAUGUGGAUUUAUCUUACUGAAGUUUGAGAUGUGAUUCCAAUUUUCUAAUUUAAUUACCAAUUUGUUUUCUUAGUCCAUUACAUUUUUAAUGUAAUCUUUUAGGAAUAGGUAGAUAAAUUUAUGUGAUUGACAGCAUUUGUUUGCACGGAGAGUUCAGCUUGGUCUGAGUAGUUGCUACCAAGUAUUUUUUAAUUACCUAGAAAUUGCAUUUGAAAUAUGCUUAAGGGUAAAUUCUGUCCUGUAAAUGUCAGGAAUUUGUAAACUGCAGAGAAACAAAAAUCACCCUUCAUCGACUGGAGCUAACAAUUCUUUUUACAGUGAGGAAACAAUCUAUUGCUUCCAGAGUCUGAAUUUGGUCCUCUUAAAAUAAAUUAAUAAAUAAAAAUUUCCAUUUGCUGCAAGAAGAUGAUUUCAGCUUGGUACCAGUGUAAUUGGAUUAGACUUACUUUUUCUUUGCUUUAAAAUAUGCUUUAAUCUACACUGACUAGAGUAAUGAAUCAGCUUCUGUGUUCAUAUUAAUUUUCUGAUUUCAGUAAUUUCAGAUAAGGGAUACAUGCUUUGAUCUGGAUGGUGCUGUAAUCGGAAUUAAGCAUUGUACUACUUACUGUUUUUAUUGUACAAGUCAGCAUGAACAUGCUUGGAGAAUGCCUCAGAGCUCAACUAAACAUUCAUAAUAUGCAGUAGCUGCGUAUCCGAUUGAAUCAAUUGUUUAUUUAGCCAUAGUCAACAAUAAAAUGCUAAUUACUGAUUGAAUAGCAUACUCAAAUGGAGGCCAUCCUGUUACCCUCAGGUUAUCAGCAGAAUUGUGCCCUAGGCACAAACUGUUUGCAAAUGCACAAAUUCUGUGUUCAUUUGUUACCUCUGAGGAAGGAGCUAAUUCCAAGUGAGAUGCAGUGGAAUGAAUACCUGUGGAUGUCAAGGGGGUGAUUUCUUAGAUCAGAAAUGGCUGGUGUCUGGCAGCACUGAGCAUGUGGAAUGGCUGGUCCCUGAUGCAUUCUGUUCAGAAAGGGGCUUGGUUACUGUCAGGACAAGAAAAACAUGAAAUACGUACUAUGUUGGAGCAGAGGUGAGAGAGCAAUGUCUGUCCUCGUAUCUAUAGCAAUAAUCGCUUCUAAAACUGUAAUCACAGCCACGUGGCAGCACAGUGCUUUUUUUUACCGCUAUUUUUAGUGCUCAUAACAAGAGAUUAAAGAGCAUGAUAAAAGCACAUGUUCAAAAAUAGUAAGCUGUUAUAAAAUAUGAUUUCCUUUUGGAAGACUGCAUUUAGUACAUGAUGAAUCCUGCAGGGGAGACGUACGCAUUCCCAGUCACUGCUAGGGUUUCAAAACUAUUUUAAGAAACCUGGCUGUUGUCAUAGUAGCAGUAAACCUCUUAAUCCCACUUCCUCUGGAGAUGAAGCUGUUUUGUACUUAAUCUACUUAAAGAUUGUCAGGGCUGUUUCUGUGACAGGGGACUAGGAAUGCAGCACUGACAGAGAUGCUACUUGUUGUCACCAGAAAGUUUAAUGAUUUUAUCUACUUCAGCAGCAUUCAAUUAUGAUUUGCUGAGGGACAGGUCUCAUUACAGAGUUAGUAGGAGGACCAGCACCUGGAAAGCUGGCCUCCAUUUUUAGCACUGUAUUGACACUGUCAAUUUGUUGGCAUGAUUAAAUGAAACUGUUCCUAGGACAUUUUAGGCAAGAGCAUGCCAAUGUCAUUGAUCUCUCAUAGUUUAAAAACAUCCUUUUUGAAGAAGUCCUUUCUUCCUGAAUGCUUCUAUUCCUUAGAGUUCCUGAGGCUUCAUAAACAGUGCUGAGUCUUCUUUGAAUACUGCUGCAAAGUCUGUAGUCCUUGAAAAGUUAGUGCAAUUAAAAAUUCCCUGAAGCAUUUGGAUAAUAUAAACUGACUUAUUCUUGAAUGUGUAGCUAGUAGUGAUGUCAAGAGAAAUGUAUGGAAAAUGGACAAAUUCUUCAACUUUAUCAGUUUAGCUGCGUAGUGAGAAUUUUGAAUGUCAGAUCAAAAUAAUCAUUAUAACAGAAUUUUGCAUUUGAAAGAACAGAUGAUGGAAGAGAUUGUUUUAUAUGUAUCUAGAACUAAAAGAGACCUUUCUUCUCACCAGAUCAGAUUUCUCAAUAAUUACUGAAAAAUGUUCUGCUGCUAAUUUAUUAAGUGUAGUCUGGCUACAGUACUGGAUUACAUAACCUCCUAAAGUUAGAAGCACUACACUUGUUUUGUUUGUGCCAGUAUUUUGUUUCAUAUGUACUGAAUAAUGGCAGCAGUUUGAGGACUUUUGUUUGUUUUCCUGAAGUCUACGUGUUCUGACUAGAUGGAUUUGUCGUUAGGACAAAUUACCAGGCUGAAUAAAUAAAAGAAUAUUUACAAGUUUAGUUAUUUGCCAAUGUAAAAUAAUAGAUAUUUUCCCCUCUACGACAUUUUGGUUAUGCGUAAUAGAUUUUGCUGCUUCCCCUUCUUUUCAGCAGCCCCUUGUUCAUCAUAACGUGGAGAGAUGUAAUAGACAAACCAUUGACUGCUACUGAGGUCUUUGUAUCUGUGGAUGAAUUGCUGGCAUUAGAAGUAGGUCAGCCAGUUACUACGGACACCCUGCAAUACUCUCUUGACUGAAAUGCCACUGUAGUUUCAACACUUUGGAAUAACCACAUACCCAUUUGGUAUGUUGUUCUGCAUUUUUCCCAGAUGAGUCCACUCUUGGUGUUUACCUCUGCCUCCGGUUCUUCUACAAGAGUAGAGUCCAGCAUUGACUGAAGAUGCAGAUGAAGAACUUGCUCUUUCUGUUCCUGCUAGCAGUGAUGCUGCCUUCUGCAUUUUCAGGCCAUAGGAUGAAGCGGCAGACUGGUGUUUGGGGAAGCUGGGGUGAAUGGGGCAAGUGCAGUCGGAGCUGUGGUGGCGGAGUCAGUGUUCGGCAACGGCACUGCUAUUUCCAAAGGACAGAAAGUGCUUCCAGUUGCAUUGGACCAACUCGAAGCUAUCGCUCAUGCAAUAUUCAGAGCUGCCCAGAAGGCUCCAGAGAUUUCCGAGCAGAGCAGUGUGCAGAGUUUGAUGGGACAGAAUUUCAAGGAAAGAAAUACAAGUGGCUUCCUUAUUAUGGAGCACCCAAUAAGUGUGAGUUAAACUGUAUUCCAAAGGGAGAAAACUUCUACUACAGACACAAGGAAACUGUGAUAGAUGGGACUACUUGUGAACCUGGCAAGCGGGAUAUCUGUGUAGAAGGAGUUUGUCAAGCUGUUGGCUGUGAUAACAUACUAGAAUCUACCAAGAAGGAGGACAAGUGCCUACAGUGCGGAGGAGAUAACAGCACCUGCUAUGAUGUGAAGGGCACUUUUGAUGUACCCAACCUCCCCAAAGGGUACAAUCAAAUCUUCAUCAUCCCUGUGGGAGCUACCAGCAUCCAAAUCAAGGAGGUUAUGCCCAGCAGGAACUUUAUGGCUGUCAAGAAUGUGCAAGGGGAUUAUUAUCUGAAUGGACAUUGGACAAUUGACUUCAGCCGAACGCUACACAUAGCUAGCACAGUUAUGCACUAUGAUCGUGGCUCAGAAGGUGAUCUGGCCCCAGAGCUCCUCCAUGCCAGGGGUCCCACCACAGAGCCCUUAGUCAUUGAGCUCAUCAGUCAGGAGCCAAACCCAGGAGUACAGUACGAAUACUACCUGCCUAUGCACAGACAGACCACAGGUUACAGCUGGAGCUACAGUUCCUGGAGUGAGUGCAGCUCCGAGUGUGGAGGAGGCUUCCAAACCCGCUUGGUGUUUUGUACCAUAGACAAUGAAAUUUAUCCAGACUAUAUGUGCAGGAACAAACCACAACCAGACAAUAACCGGACAUGUGGCCAUCAGACUUGUCCCCAAACAAAACGGACUUCUUACAUCUUUCCGCCACGAGCUUGGAGCCACGGUGGAGCACGAAACUCUCAGAUGAAGAGGUGGAAAACAGGGGAGUGGGGACCCUGCUCAGCUACCUGUGGUGGAGGCACCCAGACUCGCUCUGUUUACUGUGUAGCAUUUGAUGGUCAGAACUCCCAAGGUGUUGUGGACAACGCUGAGUGUAUGGCCUUUGCACAGCAGCCUCACAGCAGUCAGCCCUGCAACAGGAGACAGUGUGCAACCUGGAGCACAGGGCCCUGGUCAGAGUGCUCAGCCAGCUGUGGGGAAGGCGUCCAGACCCGGACUGUCACCUGCAGAACGCAGCAUGGCUCUCAGGCUCAGGACUUUGCUUGCUUAAUGGAGCCAAAGCCACCAGCCACGCAGCCCUGCCUUAAGGAGAACUGCAUCCAAGAAGUCGGUUGGCACGUUGGAGACUGGGGCCUGUGUUCAAAGAGCUGCAAUUCAGGCAUCCGGACACGCCAAGUUAUCUGCGCUGAUGGUGACUCCAAAUUCUACAGUGCUGAUAUAUGCAAAGCCAUCCAACCACAGAAGCCAGCCACACUGGGUAGCUGCAACGUGCAGCCUUGCUACCUGCCACAACAGGUCCCCAGUAUGCAGGACACUAUGGGAUAUGAUACCAGUCGACGGUCCUUGCUGACGCGUUACAACCCAGACAGCCCUCCCACAGAUUCUGGUGAUGGAAGGUUGCUCCCUGGGAGCUCCACAGUGCACAGCAGCUCUGGAAAUUACCACAUCAAUUCCACUGAGGACCAUGGCAUCAACUUGUUGCCUGUUCGCUGGGAAUCCCAGUCACGAUCAUCAAAUUAUCAUCAUCUCAACAUCACUCAGUAUCCCACUACAGGAACUGGAUCUCAGAACUGUUAUCAGACCCCACAUGGCUGCUGUCCAGAUGGACACACUCCAGCGUCAGGCCCUUUGGGGAGAGGUUGUUCCUUCAACACUUGUCACCAAAACAGGUAUGGAUGCUGUCCUGAUGGCGUAUCAGCUGCCCGAGGUCCAAACAACAUGGGAUGCCCACAGUAUGACAGUGACGUUCAUAUGAGAAGAAAUCAGCCUGCUGCAGCUGUUCCAACAGCAAGCCAAGCCUUGUCCCAGCAGCACCCCUCUGGCGAGUGCCGCAGUUCAGUGUACGGCUGCUGUUUUGACAAUGUCGCUUCAGCUUCAGGUCCUGAAGGGGAAGGAUGUCUCAAUAGGCCCAACUACCCAUAUCCUGUCAUGUGCCUGCUGCCCAGUGCUCACGGCCCCUGUGCAAACUGGACCACUCGCUGGUACUUUGUGACUGUUGUUGGAAAGUGCAAUCGGUUUUGGUAUGGUGGCUGCCAUGGCAAUAAAAACAGCUUUGCCUCAGAGGAGGAAUGCAUGAGAGUGUGUCAUAGCUCUGUGGGGAUUAGUCCUUUGGAGCACCAGCCCUCUUCUGGCACAAGAACUCUGCAACAGCAGGACACUGGCUCUCGCUUUCAUAUGGAUACUGCUCAGGGUAAGCAGCAGCCCCUUCCAGGAGAGUCUUCAAGUCACGGUCAAGAAGGAAGAGCCUAUGGGGCUUCACACCGCACACAAAACAGACAUGGGGAGAACUACUGGAGAAGGCAGGUGCUGCCAGAGACUUUGCAAAGGUCUAGUGUGAUGGAAAGCCAGCAAUGGGGCACCCAGCAAAGUAGAUUGAAAAGCCUGAGCCAGCUGCACUUGACAGGGGAAACAGCAGUGCCUGGGCCCUCCCAGAAGCUGAGUAGCAGUGGCCAGCAGGUGCUGCCACGUGAAGGCAAGCAGUGGCAUAAGGCUUCUGGAACAGAUGCUUCCAUGAUUGAAGGCUUUGGGCACCAGGUGUCUGCAGACUCCUUCCCAGCACAGAAUCUGCACAGAGCCAUUCUGGAGGAAGCCAAGCCCUCUCUUGUGACAGCAAUCAUGGGACAAAACAUCCAACUGGUCUGCAAGGCAAGUCUGUCCCCCUUCUCCAGGGUGGAGUGGAUGAAGGAUGGCCGGCCAGUCUCCUCUGACAGGCACACCUACCAGUCUGACAGCUCUUUAGUUAUCAGCCACGUCAAGCUGGAGGAUGCUGGGACUUACACAUGCCUCAUUUCUGAUGGAAGGACAGAGAGUCGGCGGCAGAUUCAGUUACAGAUCGUAGAGUACCAGAGUGCUGUUCUGGCAGAGGGUGAGAGAGGUCAGGUCCUUCACAAGGAAAAUCAGCGGCAGCGAGAGCUACCCAGAGGCGGGAAGGUUAUACAGGCAGCCGGUUCCUCUGUGCAUCCGCAAUUCACAUAUAGGUUGAGAAUGGACAAGAGCGAGCCCUCGGUAGUAGAGACCAAAGUUGGGGAGAGAGUCAGACUGCCCUGCACAGUGGAAGCAUCUCCAGCUCUCACCAUUGAGUGGCAGAAAGAUGGGCAGCCCCUCUCCCCUCCCAGACACAGACAGCAGUCAGAUGGGGCCCUGGUGAUCAGCCGGGUUAGCUCUGAGGACGCCGGCUUCUUUACCUGCAUCGCCUCAAAUGGACGUGACCAGGACCAGCGCCAGGUCCUGCUCCGACCUUUAGGAGGGCUGAGGAUUACUGGUCUUCUGCCAAGCAUCAAGGUAUCUGAAGGAGAAACUGCUCAACUUCAUUGCACAGUGACUGGCAACAAUGUGAAUAUAAGGUGGUCAAGAAAUGGAGUCCCAGUGCGGGCAGAUGGCCGCCAUAUCCACCUGUCCCAGGAUGGAAGCCUGACCAUAAGCAACAUUCAGUUGGCUGAUGAGGGAUCCUACACCUGCAGUGCCUACAGCAGCAGCAACUCUGUCAGUGCCAGCACGGAGGUGAAAGUGUUGAGGAGCAGGCCCAGCACAACUGUGAAUCAUGUUGUGGACCUGAGCAGAGAAUGUGUGGACCAGCCACACCUUGCCAACUGUGGCCUGAUCGUGCAGGCCCAGCUCUGCGGUAAUGAGUACUACGCCAGCUUCUGCUGUGCCAGCUGCUCUCACUACCAACCGCACGCCAGCCCUCCUCAUCGCAGUGGGUGACCCCGCCAAGGCCGCGUGGAACAACAGGUGACAAGACAGGAAUUUUGAACUCUGUCCUUCUACCACAUGAAACUGUGUUGGGAGCUCUGCCCUGCUUGAAAGCUCAGGAGGGCGGAUUUAAUGGUGUAGGGUAGGGUGUAAUUGCCUAAAGGUGGGAGAACCACCAUCCUCAGGUUUAUUGCAAACUUCUUUCCUCUGACCCCUGUAUGCCUUGCAAUAGCUCAUCUAUUCCUCUACAUAAUGGUAGCUGCUGCUUUUCACAGAAGGAGGUGGCGCUGGGAAUACCCUCUCUAAAUGACUUUAGAGAGGGCAAAUAACCAGAAUGAAAGAUUCUUCACAUAAGGAAAAGAGAAUAGCUCAAAAAAGUGCCAGAAGCUGAAGUGUCUGAAGAUGGGCCUGAACUGUCUUAACAAAAGCACUAAUGGCCAAGGAACAUUAAUAAUGCUGAGGAGCACAUUCCCUCUAAAUGCAAAGGAAUCUGGCCAUGACAAACAGCUUGAUGCAUGUAAAAUUGGCAUCCAGGUCCUCUAAGAUUGCCAGCUCUAGGGGCGCAGCUGUGAUGUCACCUACUGCAGCUACGUACUGUAGCUGUUUUAUUACAGUGCUCCUAAGUAGAAUUUAUCUUUGGGUCAGUUUGGUUUCCACUUGAAUGUAUUCAGCUCUGGAUUAAAAUGCAGAAGCAACACUCCACAGUAAGCUUUGGACAAAAUGGAAGAAUAUGUUUAGCCCUUUCUGAGUGGUAGGGAUCAUUGACAUGAUAACACUACAGUACGUUCUGAGAUGAUGCAGAUUAAGUAUCAGUAUCUCGGGGAAGUAUUAUGAAGUCAGCUUGGUUUUUCCAGAGCCAGAACUGCGCUGUUGAAUUUAAUGCCAAUAUGGGCUCUUGGUAGCACUGUGCUGGGUAUCAGCUUGGAGAAGAGAGUAAUACACACAUGUAAAUAGGUGUGGGGGUACUUGUCUUGCUAGAUUCAAUUUCCCAAUGAUCUGCUGUGUUGUCAGUAAACUCCAGAAACACCUGGGUCUGCAUGUGGCCUGGGCUGAUUCUUGCUGUUAUGUGCUAACAAACAGGGAUUUCCAGAUACAGAGGCAAAGCAGUUACAGCUAAAAAGUAUCCCUCCUGUCCAGACUAACACAGAACGCAGAGUGGCAGCUAGCAUGCAUGAGGCGCUGAAAGAGAAAUGCCCAGGAAUUCAGGUGUGUGUGUGUGGAGGAUGUUAAGUGUGGGAUGGUUUGUUGACCCAGCAAAGGCACAUGGCAUCUUCAGUAUCUCAAAACAGAAUUAGACCUUCCAAGCAAAACCAUUUUUUUGACAGCCUCAAAAUUGUUUCUCCAUAGCAUUAGCCCUAAAAGCAGCCGCGUUCUGCACUACCUUCUGAGUCUUGUGUGAGUUACUGGUAUUAAUUAGCAUAAUUUAUUGGAUGUAUAGAUGUAGCUAAACUUCUUUACUGGUACGCUGAUGUGUAGUGCUGAUGUUGAUGUUUGCAGGUGGGUAGUAAGGGCUGUUGUUUUGUGACAGCUUUUUUUUUUUAGUGGCUUGUUUUUCCUACUUCUGCUUCUCUAAUUUAAGGCUGCUAUGGAAGGAAGCUAAUUCUGGACUGUGAUCACACCACUCUCCUCUCCUUCAGUCCAGAACCAGCACUCAGGCAGCAGUAAUAUGUGGGUGUAAAUCCCCAAGCUUGGCAGCCUAAAGCUGGUCUGAACUCUAAAUCCAGUAAAUCAGUUCAGCUGCAUCUAAAAAUAAGAAUUACCAACCUAAUGAUUGCCCUCUCUUCAGCACAGGUGUGGCUUCAGUAUUGGACACAGUGCUUUAAGAUGUGAACAAACUGAACAGUCUAAAAGCAAUCCAGUAAAAGAGCAAGAGGUUACAGACAUUUAAAAAGCUUUUCUUUUUUAAUUGAGGUUAGUGAUAGAUUCUGCUCGCUAGAAAAGACAAAAAGCCUCAUCUUGCAGCAAAAGACUCUUUAAUUUGGUAAUUAGGAAAAGCUUCCUCUGCUGUAGGUCACAGAAUGUUACAGUUCGAGAUUGUGGAGUUACGCUCAUUGACUGUUUAAGAACCAAACUCCUGAGAUAAAUUCUAUUUGUGUUUGUACGUAAAUUUGCAGAAUGGCACUUUUGUUUUUUGGUACAGGAUGUUUUACAGUCUGGUAAGACUCUGCCUUUUGAGACCAUGGACUGAUGAGAGGCUGUGUAAAUGCCAGUCCUGUGUGGCAGGCACAGAGGGCAGCAAGGGGCUGUGAGCCCCCCCAGGAAGGUGGUUCCAAGUGGCUGGUGCCUGUAUCAGAUGCCUUUUUCCCAGAAUAAGUGGUCAUUUCUGUAAUAUCAUCCCUUUCUUUGUGUCAGGGGCCCUGUUUUCUAAUCGUAUGUGCAGUCAGUUUUCAUUUAGGCCAUAUGAUUAGACACAGCAUGGUCAGGGAGCUCUGUCUCCAGCCUAGUGAGAGCUGCAGUGGGCACCUGUGUUCUGACAGACUGGACCUUAACACUGAAGGUACUUUCUUAUUUUUUUUCCUCUCAUUUAUUCGCUGACCUCCUUUCAGAUGUGUAACCAUGGUAAUAAGGACAGGAUCUGAAGGCAGUCCGUUGCUUUAAAAUACAUGCCAUGGCUCUAACAGUUAACUAAAGCAGUGUGUUUGUAUUUUCCUAUUUGGCAAGCAGAGAAUUUUCUUCUGUGUAGUAUCAUUUAACCUCCUAAUCAAAUGUUUAUAUUAUUUGAUUUGAGAAUCAAGAUAGUGGUUUUCUUCUCUAAACAAAGGAUCAUAGGAAGGUCAUCUCUAUCCCCUUUAUCCUUAUCUCCCAGGCAGAGGAAGGGUGUAGCUUUUUCCAUCUGAUAUUUGGGCACUGCUCUGACAGACUGAGGAAUUAAUAGGAGAAAGGGAAAAAAAAAACCACAAAAACCACAAACCCAACCAUGUACAGCAUUCUAUUAUAAAUGUUAGAUCUCUAAGCAUAUAUGACUAAGAAUUUGCUAGCUUUCUGAAAGUUAAAUAAGCACAGAUACCAACUCCAAUGCCAGAGAGUGUGCUGCUGGGGAUUACUGUUGGUGCUGUACUCCACACAGGUAUGCUUAAGGUAAGAAAGAACCUGUAAAGAAAGAAGCCCCCAUUUUAUAGCCCAUCACCGUACCUGCCUGGAAAUGGAAACUGCUGGCAAGCUCAAAUGCUAUGGCCAAUGCAAGGCAGCAUUUCUCUCCUUUCAGGUUACGAAGUCUGACUUGAUAUUUUUUAAUAUGUCUAACACUACUUUGUGCAUGUAAGCAUGCGCUAAAAACCAACCACACUGAUAGGAUGGGUAUCGGCUUUCUGGGAGAACAGAAAGGAGUGAAAAUACGGUGUCAUCCCAGGCGGCUCUUAGGACCCUCACUCCUUUUAAUAGCAAAGGAAAAGAAAACCCGAGUGAGUAUUCCUUUCACCUGUUUUUGAAAGUUUGUGUUUUCAUUGUGUAAACGUUCAAUGUUAGAAAAUUCAGUGUUGUAAACCCAGAAACUAAUAUUUCCCAUAAAACCCUCCUUUGCAGAGCUUUAAAUAGCUAUAGGGCAAAUGGAUAUUGGCAAGUUCAGUCUUAAAGUUCAAGGUAAUAUAACGUGGGGUACAAAAUGAGAGGUGUUAAAAUACCACGAGCCAGAAGGACAAAUCCUGAAAAUCAAAUAGGGAGAGGGGAAAUAAAGCUUUCACAGACGGUGCUUCUACCACCAACAUUUAUUUCUGUUAAAGCAGAUUAUAAAUCAUCAGUACAAAUAUAUAUAACUUACAUUUGCUUGUAAGGCCAAAGUUUAAAAGUAAAGUUAAAAUGAGAUGGAUUUCACAAGUCACCAGAGGCAGAACCUGGACCAGCUGCAGCCUUACCACAAGGUUUCACAAAUCCGUGGAAAAAAUAAAAACAAAAGUUAAAAAACCUCUAAGAUCUAUUGACAGACAAACAGAAAAUGGGUUCCUAGGCAGCCCCAGGAUGUUAGAUAUGGUUACAGUAAGUUUUUGUCACAGUAGUGUUAGAACCAAUAGAUUAAGACAAGAAAACUGCAGCAAUACAUGAAAGAAAAAAAAAUGUACUAUAUAUAAUAUGUAGCUUGAUUCCAAUAAAAAAACAGUUAAUUUUCCCCAUGGUUUUCAGACCAUGACAAUACUGUUCUUUAAUUUUCAUUAUUUAAAACUACAAUAUAAUGACUUAUUGGUUGUGAUUGUUGUUGCAAUAUGCUACUUACAAUGAACAGGUACAAGAACAAGCUAGAGCCCCCUUUUCCACCCCCCAACGUUACUUACAAUAAGAAUCGGAGAUAAAUCAAUCUUAUGUACAAUUUCUUACAUUCACCCCCCCCCCCUUUUUUUUAAACCUUUGGCAAGAUUACUUACAACUCAUACAUCUUUUAAUAUCCACUAUUUAAAAUAUUCUAAAUGCAUAAAAAUAAAGAUUUUGGCUUUA